AUGGCGACGACGGGCGACGACGAGGCGAAGCUGCGCAGGCUUGCCAUGCGCGCCAGGCGAAACGAGCAGGCGAUAUUGUGGUUCAUGGUUGCUUUGGGCGCAAUGGCUCUUGCCUACAUAGGCUUUUACUUGACCAGACAGUCAAGCCAUUGGAUAAGAAGAACAUCUCGAGGCGCGACGCCGCCGUCCUUCCUUGCUGUCGUGCCUAGAAAAAUCAGGAAGGUCUUGAUUCAACGUGCCAUCGGGACACCCUCGCUCGGCCACGCAACCAUCAUCAUCAUGUUCAUAGCCCUCAAUCUGAUUUGCCUCUUUGCCAAGUUGGGCACGAGUGGCAACGUCACGACAAACAUUGCUUCGCGAGCAGGCUGGUUGGCGAUAGCAAAUCUCGUCGUCGUCAUAUUCUUUGCGCUCAAGAAUACACCGCUCGCUUUCCUGACUGCGUGGUCAUACGAACGCCUCCAAUGCCUCCACCGCAUCUCUGGUUACGCUGCCGUCGCGAAUUUGAUUGUCCACGCCACUUGCUACAUUACCUACUUCUGCAGCAAUCAAACCUGUGGCAAACUGCUGAAGCCGUCGGACAUCUACGGCAUGGUUGCGGGAGGCUGCUGGCUGCUGCUCGCCUUGGCUGCCGUUUCAAUCCGUCGCUGGUGGUAUGAACUGUUUUACUACCUUCACGUUGGCCUCUGGGUCGUUUCCAUAGUUUGCAUUGGCUUGCAUCAACCUCGAAUGACGACCAAGAUUGUAUACGGCACCAUGAUUGCCGGCUCCAUGUGGGGUCUAGAUCGCAUCAUCCGGUUCGUUCGACUCAUGAUGAACAGCGCCAACACGGCAACGCUUGCACCACUGCCGAACGGAGGCACUCGAGUCACCCUGGCCAAGUCUCCCCUGGGUGCUCAUUCCGGCAAGCACUGCUUUCUGUGGAUUCCUCGGCUUCGUUUGUUCGAAAGCCAUCCGUUUACCAUUGCAUCGACUGACCCCCUCGAGUUUGUCGUUGCGUCUCACAGUGGAUUCACCGCAAAACUGCGCGAGUACGCCGCUGAAAACCCCGGCAUAACUCUUAAAGCGUCUGUUGAAGGGCCAUAUGGCACGGUCCCAGAUCCCUCGGCCUUUCAGACGGUGGUUUUGGUCGCUGGCGGUAGCGGAGCCAGCUUCACCUUUGGCUUGGCUAAUGCGCUGUUGAGCCGUGCCAAGGGAGGCAUUACGAAGCGUGUUAUCUUUGUGUGGACGAUCAAAUAUCAUUCGUAUAUGCAAUGGUUCGCCGACCAUCUUGCUAAAUUGAGAGAUGACCCCCGAUUCGCAAUUCAGGUCUUCGUCACGAGAUCGGAACCACCACUGCCGCAAUUGCCAGGUGGUUUCUCGGAGUAUUCGCCAGGACACGCCGAGAGGUAUAUUGCUAAACACGCCUUCAUGGACAGGGAACGAAUCCAUCACAUCCGUCCCAUGGGAUCACUAGCCACGAUCGACCUGGAAAAGGCUCAGCCCCAGUCAGACGACGAGUCUGUUCCUCCUGAGAGCUCCUCCUGCCCGGUGGACUUGCGCGGCAUUCCCAUCAGAUACCAGAAGCCCAAUGUCGUGGCACUCGUCCGCGACGUAGUAGGCGGCACUCGUGCUGAGGAGCGAGUUCUCAUCGCUGGCUGCGGGCCAAGUCGGAUGAUGGACUCGAUAAGGGAGACGGCAGCGGAAUGUAUCCGGUCGGACGGGCCCAGCGUCGAGCUGCACUGUGAAGAAUUUGGAUGGUGA